AUGCUUAAUAGAUUUCCGGCAACCUUGGCUCUACGGCGUGCUUCCCUAACUGCCAAUCGUCAUGUGCCGCGUAUUACCAAAAGAACAUUACUAGCGAAUCCUUCCCUAGAUGCCGAUAUCUACUCAAAGCUGAAAAACGAGCUGGAAUUCACCAAAUUUAAACCUGAUACAUAUCCUAAUCCUCUAUUCAAGUUUAACACUGACGAACUUCUAGAGUUAGGGGAGGAGGAUCUCACACACCUCUCGAAGUUACCAUAUAAAAGUCUAUCAGAGACGGAUAAUUUCUGCUUUAACGUGAUUCGAAUUGUUCAUGAAAACAUCAUAAAAAAUCCGCCAGUUGCAAAGAGAUUCCUUGCGUGCUUAACUGAUCCAAAACUUCGCCAAGUCGUUGUGAGCUGUCUUAAAGAAUACUAUAAAAGUAACAGACUACGAGAAUCCAUUCUACAAUUCAUCAUAGAUCCAGACAAUCCAGAGACGAGGAGAAGCAUAUUCGCAAAUAUUGAAAGCAUUAUCUUCCAUCCUUCAACUCCAGAGGAGGAAAAACUGGUUCUUCUAAUAAAUUAUAUGAGAAAGUUGGCCCAGUGCUCAUCCCCCAACGAGACAGCUUUUUUGUUACAUGACAAGACAGCAAAUGCAAUAAUGAAUCUUACGACUGACGACCAAAAGACUGAAUUGUACUCAUAUUUCUUGCAUAUCAACAUGAAGUUUUUUGACAUGACUCUAUUUGAGAAGUACAAAACAUCCCUUUUGUACGGCUCCAAUCUCCGCAGAUUGGUUGCAAAAACCGGCAUCAUUGACCCCAAAUGGCAUCAUACCAAUAAGCAUCAUUAUUCCGAAGAGCAUAAGCAAAAGAUGGUUCACUUUUUCACAUUUAACGAUCUACGAUUGUUCACCUCACAAGCAAUCGAAUCAAAAGAUUUACUUGCAGCCAACAUGUACCUAGAUCUACUAGUCAAGAAACUCGAGAUUCUUCCGAAGUCAUUAUCCACAGCAGACCAUAAAAAGAGGGUUCUGAAUAUGUUACAGACUCUUCUUCAGUACUCAAUGGUAUUCCAGGGUCCUGAGCAAUGCAUCAAAUUUCUUCACUACAUGCCAAAAGCCGGCUUGGACCUACGACCAGCAACCAUGCUUCGGGUUCUUUCUCAAUUAAGAAGAGAGAUGUGCUACGAUGAGGCCCUUUUCCUCAUCAAUAAUCUUCACAGCUGUGAACUAUUGCCAAAUCAGAGAGAAGUCUUGGUAAAUGAAAUUAUUGGUGUAAUUUCUAGUAAGUUCGCAGCUCACCCCAAGAUCGUGCUUGCCUAUUAUGCGUCUAUGUUUAAUAGAAAACAGGACGAAGCCCUUCAUUUACUUGACAAAUUGGGGGUUUUGCAAUUGAUACACGGAAAAGACUUCCUGAAUAAAAAGUUUACUGAGAUUCCAAGAGCAGAUAUUCAUCAGGACCUCAAAGGCUGCUCAUUGAGACACUCCCAUAUCCAUAAUAUGUAUUACGUUGCAUUGAAGAAGAUGAAAUCCGAGAUGAGAACGCCAGAGCUUAUAAAGUGUCUUUAUGACAAGUACAUGACAGAAGUCAGGUGCUCGGAUCAAUCCAGCCCACUUCAUGAAUCGAACAUAGAUGAGAGCAUUGUUUGUUUGCUCGUUGAGUAUUUGCUCAAGAUAUCACCUGGAUCGGUGGACAUGGAUUUGGGGAAGGACAAGCGUAAAUUCGAAACGGCGAAGGAGAUCAGUCAGGAUUUCUUUGAUAAGAUUGGUCUAGUUAGAGAAAAAAAGAAGGUGUACUUGCUUGAGAUGCUCAUCAGCUCUGCGCUCCUCCAGCAUAAUGACUAUACAUUUGCUGCCUCCAUGCUCAAGUUCUCUAAAGACAUGAAAAUGGCAACCACAUUUAAUCAGAUCUAUCCCUUCAUCAUGUACCACUAUGUGCGUGGUGAGACUUCUAAAGCAGAGGCCUGGUACAAUCUUAUGGUCAAAGAAGGAGUGAAAAAUAAGUCGGUUGCAAGCGACCGUUUGAUUACUAUUGCAAAAGAAUGUGGGUGGGCUACAAUAGGCACCUCUUAUAAAAGAGCCGUCACUAAGAGGAACAAGAGGGAACGCCGAGAGCUUGCGCAAUUAAACAAGAACCGACUUCAAAGUCUCGCACGAAACAAUCUUGCCGAUCAAAGUUCACACCCCAGCAAUCUUCUUCGUGAGUUGAGUGCGAUCAUUGGUGCGAACCCAGUGUCAACCACGGACACAGAAGAUUCCUCACUGUAA